GUCAGAAUAUGUGCGAGAGAGUGUGUGUGUGUGUUUGUGUGUGGGGGUCCAUGCAUGUGUAUGUCUCUCCCUGUGUGGCAAUGCAGCGUGUGUGUGUGCGCGCGAGUGUCCUGGCUGGGUAUCCAGCGCAGUCCUGGUAAUGCUGAGACAGACGUUGAGCGGGUGGGUUUAUUUUUGGGACAGUGACAGUGUGUCAAUGGCCGCAGAUGCGUCGGAAAGGAAGGCUCUGAGAUACAAGCAAACCCUGCUCUAUGGGGAGUACCAAGAAAACCAAGGAGGCUCCGGCAGACGGGAGGCCACACGCCUGCUGACCGAGAGACAGAUCAAGAAACAUGGCAACCACCCCCGCAGCCAUGGCAGGCCACGACAUGGCCGGCGUGGCCAUGGUCAAAAUGGAUGCCACAGUCGACAUCAGCACGGCUAUCACAGCAGACAAAGGAACCGGCAUCAGCCUAACAUGGAGGCAGAGGCUGACGAGCCAGAUGAGCAAACAGCUGACCUCACGUCCUCUAUGAAGAAGAAACGCUCCUACUCCAAAUGUAGAGACUGUAUAGCACGGGUGCAGCGAUUCCUUGUGACCAGGUUGGGAGAGGACUGGAUCUUCCUUGUUCUGCUGGGCAUCACCAUGGCGCUGGUCAGCUGGACAAUGGACUAUGCCAGUGCAAAGAGCCUGCAAGCCUAUAAAUGGAUUUAUGGGGAGCUGAGGGGGAACAUCCCCCUGCAGUACCUGGCCUGGGUUUCAUAUCCCCUGAUCUUCAUCCUGUUCUCCUCCCUCUUCUGUCACCUGGUCGCUCCUCAAGCUAUCGGUUCUGGCAUCCCAGAGCUGAAGACCAUCCUGAGAGGCGUGGUGCUUAAGGAGUAUUUAACUCUCAAGGCCUUUGUUGCUAAAGUCAUUGGUCUGACUGCUGCCCUGGGCAGCGGCAUGCCUGUAGGCAAAGAGGGCCCGUUUGUUCACAUCGCCAGUAUCUGUGCUGCAGUUCUCCGCAGGUUCAUGUCCUGCUUCUCGGGAGCUUAUCAGAAUCCAUACUGUUACACGGACAUCCUGACAGUAGGCUGUGCUGUCGGGGUGGGCUGCUGCUUUGGUACUCCACUUGGAGGUGUGCUCUUCAGUAUAGAGGUAACAUCCACAUACUUUGCUGUGAGAAACUACUGGAGAGGAUACUUUGCUGCUACGUUUAGUGCCUUCAUAUUCAGAGUGUUAUCAGUGUUCAACAAAGAUGCAGUAACCAUCACUGCUCUGUUCAGGACAAACUUCCGCAUGGAUUUCCCUUUUGACCUUCAGGAGCUGCCGGCAUUCGCCAUCAUUGGGAUCUCCUGUGGGUUCCUGGGGGCAUUCUUCGUCUAUCUCAACAGACAGGUGGUGCUGUUCAUGAGACGACCCAAUGCCAUGACCCGCUUCCUGACCAAACACCGGCUGAUCUUUCCAGCUGUGGUAACGCUGGUCAUCGCCACCUUGACCUUCCCGCCCGGGUUUGGACAGUUCAUGGCAGGAGAGCUAAUGCCAAGGGAGUGUAUCAACUCCCUGUUUGACAACUUUACGUGGACAAAGAUUUCGGCAUCACCUCCUCCGGCUGGUCUGGGCCUCUCUGCCGCCUGGCUGCACCCUGAUGUCAGUGUCUUCCUCGUCCUGCUGCUCUUCUUAAUUAUGAAGUUCUGGAUGUCUGCUGUGGCCACCACCAUGCCCAUUCCAUCUGGGGCUUUCAUGCCCGUCUUCAUACUAGGAGCUGCAUUCGGCAGGCUGGUAGGGGAGAUCAUGGCCACCCUGUUUCCUCACGGGAUCGUGUUUGAUGGCAUCCUUUACCGCAUUAUCCCUGGAGGGUACGCAGUCAUUGGAGCGGCAGCUUUGACUGGGGCUGUGACUCACACGGUGUCCACAGCGGUUAUCUGCUUUGAGUUGACAGGCCAGAUCUCCCACAUCCUGCCUAUGAUGGUGGCAGUAAUCCUGGCCAACAUGGUGGCCCAGGGCCUGCAGCCCUCCCUGUACGACUCCAUCAUCCAGGUCAAGAAGCUGCCGUACCUGCCGGAGCUCGGCUUUGGACACAUGAGUCAGUACAACAUCUUUGUGGAAGACAUCAUGGUGAGAAAGGUGAAGUUUAUAUCAUCUCAGUCCACAUACAGAGAGGUUCAACUCCUGCUGGACUCCUCCUCGCUCAGUUCAAUCCCUCUGGUCGACUCAAAAGAUUCUAUGAUCCUUCUGGGCAGCAUUGACAGAUUGGAGCUUCUGGCUCUCUGUGAUUGGUGGUUGUCACCAGAGAGAAGGCUCCUGAUGCAGAACCAGUCUCAGAAACACAGCUGGGAGUCCUUCGCCUUCAUGGAUGAGGAGGAAGAGGAGGAUGGAGAGAAGGGCAGCCCGGUGCUGGAGGAGAGGAACGGCCCGCUGCCUCCUUCAAAGCCUCAGGAGCCCUCCUCAAACCACACUGCUCCUGUUCCUGAAAAAGGUCCUCUGCAGUCUGUGAGGAAAACCCUCAGGAAUCUCUUCACCUCAAAAAACAGGCAGACAGAGGGACAGUUGCAGGAGCCCUGUCCGCCUCCCCUGUCGGACACAAUGACAACAGAGGAGAUCAAAGCGUGGGAGGAGGCAGAGAUGGACAAGCCGAUGGAAAUCGAUGAGAUACGAGUAGACCCUUCCCCUUUCCAGCUGGUUGAGAGAACAUCAUUACACAAGACCCACACCUUAUUCUCACUGCUGGGGCUCAGUCAUGCUUAUGUGACCAGCAUCGGCAAACUGGUGGGAGUGGUGGCACUGAAAGAGCUCCAGAAAGCCAUUGAGGGCUCCACACGCUCUGGUGUCCGGCUCCGUCCUCCGCUCGCCAGCUUUCGGGACAUCAUCAACCACAACUCUGUUCCUAAACCUCCACCUUCUUCUCCCACUGCUGUUUCCUCUCCGACCUCCUCUCCCUCAGCGCCAACUGCUUCCCAAACUCCGUCCAGACUCCGUCCCAGACUCCGUCCCCCCCCCCCUCAACCCCACCCCCACCAUCACCACCACGAGAAUGAAACGGAGGUAUGGAUAGAGCGCGUGGCGACGGAGGUGGAGGAGAGCAGCAGCUGCAGUGCAGGAAGUGGCGGUGUUAGCAGCAGCUCAGCCAGCAGGAGUUGCAGCUACAACAGCAACCUCACCCUCCCUCUCCCCGCCACUCCUCCCCAGGUCCCUUCUUCCUUCACUCCUUCCUCCUCCAACCUGAGACCCUUACAGAGACUCCUUGAGGGGGAGGAAGACAGUGAUGAUGAGCCAAUGGUUUAGAUUAGACAAGAGUGAUGGUUAUGUUUUUAUAAUGGAAAACCUUUUUUUAAUGGUGUAAGUUUUUUUCUUCUGUUCUUAAUGUGUUUCUCUGGUCUUUGGACACCCAUUUACCUCUUUUUGUCACCACGUAGGUAGAGCAAAGAUGUCAAUGCUAUGUAGAAAUGGGGGGCGAUAUGGAAAAAAUCUAAUAUCACAAUAUUGUUGACCAAAUACCUCAAUAUCGAUAUUGCGGCGAUAUUGUAGGGUUGGCAAUUGGUGCUUACAGAAAAACAUUUACACAAUGAGAUUUUUGAUAAAUAAUCAUCAUUAAUGUGUAUAUAAUAACUAAGUGGGUAAAGGCAAAUAGAAAAGCUAGAAGAGUCUGGUAAGUUAAAAAAAUUACAUCCCUUUACUGUAAUCUAGCCAUUAAAACCAGGGACAGGUAACACCAUAUUACGAUAUCCAAAAUCUAAGACGAUAUCCAGUCUCAUAUCACAUUAUCGAUAUAAUAUUGAUAUGUAUUGCCCAGCCCUAAUGCUAUGCCAAGCUAGUCAUAAUUUCUUUUUUUUGAAGACAGUUUAUCCCAGCCUUACUGACCCUGUCUGCUCAUUUCACAGACCUUUACUUAACCCAACAUCUGUCUUUUCUUAAUAAGCUCGGUAUGUGUGUAUGCUUUUUGAUACUAGUCCUGCCUCACUUCCUCCUUAUUUUUUCUCUUUCGUGUUGAUUUUCACACAGUCUCUAGGGUACAUAUAUAUAUAUACUGAAGUUGCUUCCAAUAUCCGCUGUUUUAAAUUUUUAUGCCAAAGAAUUGACUGUUUCCUUCAGGAUUGUUUUCUUGUAAUGGGGUAAUAGCAUCCCAAACAGCAUUAAGACAAUUAUGGCAACUAAAAUUUACCAUUUAAUCCCUGAAAAAUAAAUGAUGUCAUUGCUAAUGGCCCCUUACGGCAAGAAUAUAUAUAUUGCACUUUUAGAAUAAGAAUUAAGAAUAAACUUAAACAUAAUGUACUGCUAUAAUUUGCACUAUCCACUUUGAAUUUCGAUUGAAGUGAACCCAGUGAACCUCUGCACUGUAGUUCUGCGUUACCUGAUUGCGUAUGUCUGAAAAAAAGAAGGUUUUUAUCGGAUGAGAGCAGGAGCUAUUGAAUUUUUGAACUGGCAACAGACCAUCUGGAUAACAGAAGACUAAUGGAGCUGCUCAGUCCGCUGUGGAAGAUUGUCCAAAGCCCCAAAACGACCUCUAAAUUGUGUGCUGACCUUGUGAAGGCAGCCUGAGAGCUCAUCUCAUCACGGUCAAGUUGAUAGAUGGUGCAGCUAAAGGCGACUGACGACAGCCAAACCCUGCUGUGUCGGUCCUGGACAUUGCUUCUCGUUUUCCCCAACAUUAAUGCCUUCCAGAGUUUUACAAAUCACACAUGGCUACUUAAAAAACAAAAAUGCAUUAAUGCAUUAAUUAGCUUACUGAAAUGACCUCAUUAACAAAACUAUUUAAUAUAGACCUGUCAUGAUGAUUAUUGAAGCUGCUCAUGUGAGACGUCCUUCUGGCUGCGGCUACAAAGUGUUGAUUUUUAUUCUAGUUCUUAAAGGUCCAGUGUGUAACGUGUUUAGUUAUUCAUUAUCAAAAUCGGUGUUGCCCGUUCACAAACUUGUCCUUUUUCACAAGUAUAUCAACUCCAAG